ACCUUGGUUUCUUGGACCGUGGAGCUCUACGUGUACAUGGGGCCAAUGUGCCAGGCACUUCUCGGACGGUGGAGCUACGAAACUGUAGCACCUCCACGGAACAAGACAAGGAGUGGAUCUUCUCAUAUUUUCAGGAACAUCCAGGUUCCUGGGAAGAAGCUGAGAAGGUGGCAAGCCAUGUACAUACCACGUUCUUUCGAUGA